AUGAUUCGGGGGAGAGAUGAUGCAUAUGCAGGCGGCGCUAGUGGGGCCGAAUUUCCAGGCACUAAUCAAAGAGGUCAAACAAAUAUUGAAGAAAAAACAAGCCAAGUCAUAGAGGCAGAAACUUUAACACAUGACCACAUAGCUAAAGACGUGGACGACAUGCAUAAGGAGAGAGUUAUAGAUGACAUAAAUUGGGUCGAAACAGUAGGGAGUAUGGGCUUAAACCAUUUUAAAAGCCCAUGCUUGUCUACUAACCCAAAUACAGUAACUCCAUGCGAUGAGGAAACAACCCAUAGGUUUACAAAGGAAAUAAAUAGUAGUACUCCAGAACAAAGGAAUGCAUCAAAUAGAACGAAGACCCCGAAGCUUUCAGAGGCUAGAAUGAAAAUCGCUCUAACGGCACCAAAGGUACUUGAGAAUGGAAACUAUACACAUGGCGACGAUUAA